AUAAAAAGAGGGGAAAGAAAAAGUACAGUGGUUUCCAUGGUGACGAAGAAAAAAAGGUGUCUGUGCAGAUGCCUGCUCGAAAAGUCGAUACAAAGAAAGCGAGGGGCCUUGUCUGGUCUGAUCGUGUAUCCAGCUGUGAUUAUCCAAACCUGGCUUCAAUUUGGCAGGAAUGAGAGCGGCUGCAGUUUGCGGCGAUCGGCGGUGAGAGUCCAUGCAGGCCCGGCUUCAUCUGAAAAAGAGCCUCCAGCUUAUUGGUAGAGAACUGCGGACACCAUGAACGAAGUGGGUUUUCUUCAACGGAACAACACUGACAGUCUGACUUUAGAAGAUAACGAGAUUAAACGUCUUGGAGUGAAUCAGCCGCAGGAUGCCAGAAACCAAACAGCUGGUGUCCCGCAGCCGUUGGUGAUCAAAGAAGAGGUUCCUUGGAGCCCCAGUCAGGACCAGCAGGAUCUUGAAUCAUUCCACAUAAAAGAGGAAGAGGAGGAACUCUGGAGCAGCCAAGGAGGAGAACAGUUUUAUGGGCAGGAAGAGACUGGAUACUCCAGGUUCCCAUUCACUGUUAUUGUGAAGAAUGAAGAGGAUGAAGAGGAGCCUCAGUCUUCACAGCUUUAUCAAAGACAAGCGGAUGAAACCCGAGAGACGGAGCCUCCAUCCAGCAGCUCUUUUAAAUGGAUAAAAACAGAAACUGAUGGAGAGGACUGUAGAAGGCUUGAACUGGCCAGUAACUCAAACAUUUUACAUGGAACUAUUGAUGAAUGGCCUUCAGAUUCUUCACAGACUGAAGUCAGUAAUGAUGAUGAUGAUGAAGAGGAGGGGGAAUGGCAGGAACCUUUGUCACAUGGUGACGGCAAACCGAGCAGGGCACCUGAGUCAGGUGUAAAUAGUGAUGUGGGAUGUAAAGCUGUGAAAAAGCCUUUCAGCUGCUCAGAGUGUGGAAAACAGUUUCUGUACAAGCAGUCUCUGAAGAGACACAUGAGACGCAACACGGGAAAAACCUCCAGCUGUUCGCUUGCUCAGAAAUGUUCUGGAGUGACACAAAAUGCAGAUUCACAGAAGAAAGUCCACACGGGAAAGAAGAACUUUGGUUGUCAGGAAUGUGGUAAAACAUUUAGAGAUCAGUUUAGUCUUAAAUCCCACAUGAGAGUCCACUCAGAAGAAAAACCGUUUGCUUGUGAUGUUUGUGGUAAGACCUUUAAGCACGAGCAUAAUCUCAAGAUCCACAUGAGAAUCCACACGGGAGAGAUGCCGUUUAGCUGCGACGUAUGCGGUAAAAGAUUUAAACAUCAGCACAAUCUGAAGACGCACAUGAGGAUACACACAGGAGAGAAGCCAUACGUGUGUGACAUUUGUGGUAAAAGAGCAAGACAUCAGAAUAACCUGAAGACUCACAUGAUCGUCCACAAAGGAGAAAGACCUUUUGGCUGCGAUCUUUGUGGUAGGAGAUUUAACCGUAAGACGAGUCUCAGGGCGCACCUGACGGUUCAUACUGGAGAAAAACCGUUUGGUUGUGAUGUUUGUGGUAAAAGUUACAAACGGAAGACGCAUCUUAGGACUCACAUGACCGUUCAUGCGGAGGAGAAACCCUUUGGCUGUGAGGUUUGUGGUAAAAGGUUUAACCGUAAAACGCAUCUUGCGACGCACAUGGCUGUUCACACGGGAGACAAACCGUUUAGUUGUGACUUUUGUGGCAAAAGGUUUACUCGGAAAACGCACCUUGAUUCGCACAUUACGGUUCAUACCGGAGAGAAACCUUUCGGUUGUGGCGUUUGUGGUCAAGAGUUUACCCAACAAGGAAGUUUAAACCGACACAUGAGAUUCCACUUGGGGUAGAAACUGUAACAGCUGCAUGGUUUAAAUGAAGGAAAAAAUCUGAGGUUAAGCCCAAAAGGUUUUUUUUGGGUACUGAAUUUUGUUUUUGGAAGAUUUGAAUUUUUAUUCAUUUAUUUUUCCCAUGUUUAAUUUCUGCUUCCUCAACCACAAUAAUUAGCACUGACUUGUCCUACGUUUGGUUCCAUCAAUAAGAAUUUAAAGUGUCCAGAUGGACCGCUCCUAGACCAUUUGAAGGGUUUGUUUCAUUAAUGAUUAAAUGAAAAGCCAGUCAAUAACACUAAAAUGAAAGACUGCUUCUGGUUGUCAAGAAACUCCUAUAAAUGGCUGAUCUGGUGUCAGUAUGAAGAGAUAUGGGGCACUUUGAGCAAUAGUUCUGAAAGCUUUCUAUUUAUUCCAACAAAGCAAUAAUUUCCGUAAUGACUGCCUGUAUACUGGCAGCAGAUUAUAAACUCACAGUUUUGAGUUACAAGCUGACUUGUUGAAUGAAAUUGAGCUGCUUUUUUUUAAAAUCCAGUAUACAGCAGCUCUCAGUGGAACCAGUUUUCCCCACAAUGGCUUCUGCUUCAACCAUUGAUGGUCACUGAUUAAUUACUGUUUUAGUUAGUGGAGCUAAUUAAGACCAUGUGAUGCGGGAUUAGUUGAUAUCAAACUGGUUGGCAGGUCUAACAGGACUGACAUCACUAUUUGCACUUUUAUUUAAAUGUAAACAUGAGUUCUUGUUGUCCUGCACCUUUUUAAUUAAUAAUAUGACCAAUUUAAGUAUGUUAAUGGACAAAGAAUAGAAAUAUUUGUUCUUUUCAAUAAAGAAAAACAACUUUCUUUUCAUC